AUGGCAGACACGGCUUUUAGCCUUGAACCAGAAUUUGGCUGUGAACAUCUCAGAGAAAUUCUCAAAAGCGACUCCAAAACUGCUGGCCAGUUUUAUGAAUCCUUACUCCUGGUGCGGCAAUCACAGUCAGAGCAGCCCCAGGUUUUUUGGGAAUCACUGUCCUCCCAAUCAAUUCUUGCCCGAAAACUAUCCUUAAAGCCGUUAUACCAAUGUCUUCACUGUCCUAUCGCUCAGCCACGCCACGGACGGACAGUUCAUUAUGAAAAGAAUGGACAUGUGUUCUUUGCCGAUUGCCGAAGUGGAUCAAUAUGGUGCCAGGGUUGCGGGGAUUUCAUCUACGAUAGUGAAGUAGAUGUUGUAUUAAAUGGUGCAUCUAAGACGAUUGAACGUUCAAGGAAGCGAUCAUUCGUUGAGGCAUUGACUUACGGUGCAGAUUCCGAGGAAGCAUCUUAUUUAAUUUCUAAUAGCAAUAAGCGACUUUGCGGAAAAGAGGGCGUUAGAGGUCUGUUCAACCUUGGUCAAACAUGCUAUAUGAAUGUAAUACUGCAGACUCUAUUCCAUGAGCCUAUGCUCACGACUUAUUUCCUUGGGCAUGGGCAUCGCACCUACGAUUGUUCGGAGCCGAAUUGUUUUAGCUGCCAUGUGGCUGAAGCAUUUGCGGAGUUCAACAAUGAUGAGAAGGAAGAAGGAUUUGGCGCCCUCAAUCUCCUACUGAGCUCCUGGCAGUCAUCUCCUGAGCUAGCCGGCUACCAGCAACAAGAUGCUCAUGAAUUCUACCAGUUUCUGGUCAACAAAUUGCACGCUUCGGCAGAUGACCACGAAGAUGGUUAUGACAAAAGAUGCAGAUGUUUCUUUCAUAAAGCCUUUUUUGGCAAACUGCAAAGCAGUGUUACCUGUCACAAGUGCGGCAAUACAAACCGUACAGAAGAUCCAAUAUUGGAUUUGAGCCUAGCUUUUCAAGUCCAACGGAAGAAAAAAGCGCUGCAUUGGAUACCAGGUGACAUGGAUUCAACGCCUACGCUCACUGGUUGUUUGGAAAGCUAUACGGCCCCUGAGGAACUUCCUGCCAGUGACUAUAGUUGCAGCUGGUGUGGAACACCCCAGGGAGCCACAAAACAGCUUAGACUUCGUACACUUCCUUUAAUAAUGUGUAUGCAGCUGAAAAGAUUUGAACGACAUCGAUCCGUCUCAGAAAAAGUGGAUGCCAAAGUUGCUUUUCCUCUGUGUAUCAACAUGGCACCCUAUACCACUCGUUCAUCCUCCAAGAGCACUUCCAAAUAUAACUACGAUUUGCUAAGUGUGGUGGUCCAUAUUGGUGAUAUUGACUCUGGACACUACCUAACCUAUUGUCGGCAGGGAGAACAGUGGUUCAAGUUCAAUGACGACAAAGUAACGUUAGCAACGGAGUCGGAGGUAUUAGACGCCGAUGCCUAUCUCCUCUUCUAUACUCUGCGCUCCCUCUCAAGAAAAGCAAAGAAUUAG